UCAACGGCCGCUGCUAACGACAGGAGGGCGUUGUCACUUAUCACACACACCGCUUCAGAAGCAUUUUUCACCAUGGGGAACUUUGCUGUCAAUGAGGGGCUCUCCAUUUUUGUUAUUCUGGUAUGGCUGGGGAUCAAUGCGUUCCUGUUUGUCCAUUUCUACAUGGCCUUCCUGGUGGAGAGGUGGUUUUACACCAGGGUCCUGCUUGGGCAAGCUCUUCCCUGGGCCAGAGCUCCUGCCGCCUGCCUCAACUUCAACUGUUUGCUCAUUCUGUUGCCAGUUUGCCGAAACCUCCUCUCCUUCCUUCGUGGCUCCAUCCAGUACUGCAGCCGCACAGCAGCUCGUCAACUAGAUCGAAACCUCACUUUUCACAAACUGGUGGCUUACAUGAUCGCCUUCCAUACAGCUGUGCACAUUGUUGCCCACUUGUUUAACUUUGAGUAUUUCAUGGACGCCCAGCUGAAUCGCAACAGCAGCCUCCUGCCCUUCAUCCUGUCUGAAAUCGGUACUGGGGACAAUGCCGCCUUCCUGAACCCCAUUAGGACUAAUGAGACGAACCCUACCAUCGUCAUGUUCACCACCAUCGCUGGGGUGACGGGCGUGGUCAUCACGCUAGCCCUCAUCCUCAUCGUCACUUCAUCAAUGGAGGUCAUCCGCAGGUCCUACUUCGAGGUGUUCUGGUACACCCACCAUCUCUUUGUCAUCUUCUUCAUCGGACUGGUAUUCCAUGGCUACGGGCGGAUUGUGCGAGGACAGACGCUUGCUAGCCUGAGGACAAACAACCCCGAGGUUUGUGCCAACCAGUUUGAAGACUGGGGAAAUAACGGGUCUGACUGUGCUGUACCAGAGUUUGCUGGAAACCCACCGAUGACGUGGAAGUGGGUGGUUGCCCCCAUGAUCCUCUAUGUGUGUGAGAGACUCGUCCGCAUCUAUCGAUCCCACCAGAAAGUGGUCAUCACCAAGGUGGUGAUGCAUCCCUCUAAGACUCUGGAGCUGCAGAUGAAGAGGAAAGGUUUCCAUAUGGAGGUGGGUCAGUACGUCUUCAUCCAGUGUCCGUCCGUUUCCAGGCUGGAGUGGCACCCCUUCACCCUGACCUCGGCCCCCGAGGAGGACUACUUCAGCGCCCACAUCCGUAUCGUCGGAGACUGGACUCAGGCGCUGUACGAGGCCUGCGGAGGAGACAAAACCGAGCUUCAGGAGGCCUGGAAACUGCCCAAGCUGGCUAUAGACGGCCCGUUUGGUACAGCCAGUGAAGACGUGUUUCGUUACGAGGUGGUGAUGCUGGUGGGCGCGGGAAUCGGCGUGACUCCUUUCGCCUCCAUCCUCAAGUCUGUGUGGUACAAACGCAUCCAGAACAACCAGGACGUCUUCACCAAGAAGAUCUACUUCUACUGGCUGUGCCCGGAGACCCAGGCCUUUGAGUGGUUUGCAGACCUGCUGCAGUCUCUGGAGGGUCAGAUGACGGAGAAGGGCGUGACAGACUUCCUCAGCUACAACAUCUACCUCACCCGCUGGAAGGAGACCGAGGCGGCUCAUUUCCGUGUUCACCACGAGGCGGAGAAUGACCCAAUCACAGGACUCAAACAGAAGACUCUUUAUGGGAAACCCAACUGGGACAACGAGUUCACCAGUAUUGCAUCAAAGCACCCUGGAACUAAAGUGGGAGUCUUCCUGUGCGGUCCACCUCAGCUGGGGAAAUCUCUGGAGAAACAGAGUCUGUCCCACUCGGAGGCCGACGUCAAGUUCAUCUUCAACAAGGAAAACUUCUAAAAAAAAUGAUCUCCAGCUGCCACAGCCACAAGCGAGAGGAAACGUCCCAAGUAGCAGUGGGGUGACGGAGUCAGACGGUUUACUGAGACCGAGACAGACCUUCUUCUGCUCUUUGUUUCUCACCACAGACGUUUUGCAAAGAUGCCUCUCUUGCUCAAAGCGAAAGCAAGGAAAUAACUGCAGUAUUUUCCACAUUACCUUGUUCUCCUUUUCUGUUACAACAAUAAGUGAAACUGCUGGUUUCAAAACUUAUCUUCCUAUUUUUUUUGUUGUUGUCUUUUUUUCCCUUUUCUAUUUGCUCAUGCCAGAGGAGGACACGGUCAGCAGGUUUGGUAGUAGAUCGUUCAAAUUACCAAACUUAGGGAGGCAAAAAAUGCAAGAUGAACUGCUAAAUCGCCCUGAAGCAAGGCAUUAAAGCUUUGUCUGCUGCAGCGGAGCUGUUGAGUAGCUUCCAGUAUGUGACUAAAUGAAAGUAAGGCAGCAUCAAAACACAAAAUCCUCAAUGCUUUUGUCUUGCAGUGCUUUACGGCUAUUUAUAUGUUCACUUUUAUCAGAUUCGUUGUACAUGAGUAGAAGGCCAGGAUUUUAGAAAUACUGUUCAUGAAUCCCGGACGAGGCUUUUAUAGAUCAAACGUGGAUUAUUUUGUUUGUUUGUCUGGAUUGGUUGGAAAAAUGGCAUGAUAACUUCCAGACAUGUCUGAGAAAGUGACUAAAUGUCUUCUUUAUGCGGUUUUUCCAAAAACAUUCAAGCGUGGAUGUGAAGAAAGCAUGCAUAUAGACCUUCGUAUAUACCAGUAAUGUUUAUAAUGUUGCAAUGUUUUUAUUUUAUUAGUCAGAUAUGUGAUGAUUAUUUAACCCCCCAAAAAAAAAAAAAAAAAUACACGAUUAUAUGAAGACUACAUUUCGAAGUAUAAGUUCACGUAAUCAGCGAUCAUUAUUGUGUAUUUCCUCACAAGACAUAAUAUAAUACUAAUCAUAGUUAUGGCCCUGAAUGAGUAGUAACAGUAAAACUUUAUUAGUCAGAAUCUGCAGCACAAAAAUGUCUUAGUGCUGAAUUGAAUAAUUAUUUAAUCACAAACAAUUCUGAUAAUCGAUUAAUCUUUUAAGUCAUUAAUCAAGUCUGUUUUAUAGAAAUGUAAACUGAAUCUUUGGGUUUCGACUGUUUGUCAGAUAAAAUAAGACAUUCUGCGAACUUGUGAUAUGUAUAUACUUGUGUAUAUUUUCUCACUAUUUUCUUGACUGUAAAAAUAAUCAACAGAUUAAUCGAUAAUGGAAAUAAUCGUUAGUAGUUGGGUCUCUACUUUGAACCCAACUGUUUUUUUUUCCAAGUUUAGAAAAACGAGACGGAAAUAAUUGUGUUUUGACAAAAAAAAAAAGUCUUAGAGCAUCACAAAGUCCACUUACUGGACAUUUUUUCGAGCUCAUGGCCUUCAUUAGUGGAUGGAGUUUGCUAAGUUGCCAUGGAGAUUGUUCAGUUGCCAUCAUGUGACCCAAGCGGGCCUUCUCCAUGACAACUGGGCAAACUAGAAGGCCUACGAGAUGUGGCUUAAAGCUCUGGAAAACCUUUUCCAGUAAAUUGAUCUUUCUUUAUCAAAUAAUAAUUUCCAAAGUAAAUAAUGAACCUUCAAGCUCAAAUUGUCUGUGACGAUGAAACCAAGAAGUAAUUAAUGCCUCGACAUGAGCUUGAAUUUCUCUUGAAAAUGAAACUAAACGUCUCUGAAACAUCACUAAAUAAUCAAAAAGUUAUUUAAAGAUGCUGGAAAGCUGCAGUGAAAUAAAACAUCCUACAAAUCUUUUUAGUGUUAUUAUGUAGAACUGUUUUCAUAAUGUCUUUAAUUUCAAAGAAAAUGCAAAGGGUGUAAAUGUGCAGUUUGUUUAUUGCUGUUUAGUGACAAUAUUCGCCAUUUUUUCAGCCAACCAGAUUAUUUCGUGUCAUCUUUGCAUAUUCUUUUGCACCUGUGACCAAGUGAAUUUGCCUUUUUGGAUAAUAAACUUGAACUUCCACAGA